UCGGGCCUGUGACUGCUGAAGCUCCAGGGUUUAUUUAAUGUAUCCUGCGAGGGUCCUAUCCAGACCAUGGCCUUCCAUUGCCGGUACAUCACAGUAAGCCGCAUGGUGGUUGAAGUCGCGCAGAUGGCGUCUCAGGAGGAGGUGUUAGAGCGUCUGCGCAGCAGCUUUCUGGCAGGAAAAACUCGAGAUGCCAAAUUUCGUCUCUCCCAGUUGGAAGCUUUGGCUCGAUUCUUGGAAGAGAACAGAAAAGAAAUCUGCCACAGUCUGAAAAUGGAUCUCAGUAAGCCCCAGUUUGAGUCGGAGCUCUCCGAGCUGAGCCUGGUGAGAAGUGAGAUCAACCUGGCACUCAGCAGUCUCAGCUCUUGGAUGAAGGACGAGUACGUCACCAAAAACUUGGCCACAACAUUCGACACUGCCUUUAUACGGAAAGACCCAUUUGGUGUGGUUCUCAUUAUUGGACCAUGGAACUAUCCUGUCCAUCUCACACUUCUUCCCCUUGUUGGGGCAAUAGCUGCUGGCAACUGUGUGAUUAUUAAGCCAUCAGAGAUAAGUCAGCACACUGAGAGACUCCUGGCUGAUCAUCUUCCCCGCUAUCUAGACAAGGACUGUUUUGCGGUGAUCUGUGCUGGAGCAGAUGAUACUUCUCGGCUGCUGGAGAACAAAUUUGAUUAUAUUUUCUUUACAGGUAACACACAUGUGGGGAAGAUUGUUAUGGCUGCCGCUGCAAAGCACUUGACUCCUGUGACAUUGGAACUGGGGGGGAAGAACCCGUGUUACGUGGAUGAGGAGUGUGACAUUAAUAACGCAGCGAGGCGCAUAUCUUGGUCCCGAUACUUCAAUGCUGGACAGACGUGCCUGGCUCCGGAUUAUGUGCUCUGCACCCAGAAAACCCGGGAUCAACUGGUAGAGGCUCUGAAGGCCACUGUGAUGGAAUUUUAUGGGCAAGAUCCCAAAGUGUCCCCUGACCUGGGCAGGAUCAUUAAUAACAGACAUUUCCAUAGAGUCUCUGCACUCCUGUCCAACGGCAACAUUGUGCUUGGGGGACAGACGGACGAAGCUGAAAAGUAUAUUGCUCCCACUAUUCUGAUUGAUGUUAAAGAGUCGGAUCCGGUGAUGCAGGAGGAAAUCUUUGGGCCGGUUUUGCCAAUCUUGACUAUCAGUGGCCUAGAUAUGGCUAUAGAGUUUAUUAACAGACGUGAGAGAUCCCUGGCUACUUAUGUGUAUUCCUCUAAAUCCCAGGUUGUGCAGCAGUUUCUGGAGAGAACGAGCAGCGGAGGGUUCUGUGCCAAUGACGGCUUGUUACACAGCACUCUCAUGUCCUUGCCCUUCGGAGGAAUCGGGCACAGUGGCAUGGGCAAGUACCACGGCAAGUUCAGCUUUGACACAUUUUGUCACCAACGCGCUUGUCUCCUGCGCAGUGACGGACGGGAGAAGCUUAAUGAGAUCCGCUAUCCGCCAUAUACCCAGCGACAUUUAGGAAUGGCUGUCUAUGCAAUGGAGGUGAAGAAGGGAUGGUCCUGUUCAAUUCAGUGAUCCUCAGAUAUUUUCUCAAGCUCACCUUCUCCUUAUUUCAUAAGCACAGACUGGGGGAGCACAGGCCGAACCUAUUGGUGACCCCCCGUGUCACAGCACCCCAGCAGUCACCUUGUUGCUUUCUCAAUCAUUCCCGUCAUGUCUGCAAUUCUCCGCCCAUGUCUGACAUCAGCAGAGGGGGAGGGUCUGAUGCAGUGGAACAUGGCGGAGCUGCAGACUGGCCCCUUCUUGUUUCCUUUAAUAAAUAAAUGUGGGACUAAUGUACAUUAUACACAAUGUGGCUGAGGCAGGGAGCAGAUGAUACAGCUACAAUUCCUGCCUUUAUCUCUGUAACAUCAGAGUAACCCCAACACCCAAUCAGCUGCACUCGCAUUCGCUAAUCCUCUGAUAUUGACCCCACUGCUGCCCCCAAAAGCACAAAGAUAGAGAAAGAAAUCUUUAUGCAAAACACAGUGUUAGACAAAAUGUCAACAACUUCAUCACUUUCUGGGUACUACACAGAGAUUGACUGCAACCUCCCUUCUCCUGUAUAUUAGCUGCCCAGUCUAAUUCUGACAACAGUUCUUUUGUUACACACAGAGACACACACACACAAAGACACACAGAGACGCACACAGACACACACACACAGAGACACACACAUAUACACACACAU